UUUGGCUCUCAUCCCUAAAAUAUCUUAUUAUGUGAAGAUAUACAAAUAUUCAAAAAAAUCUCAAAUCUAAACUACUUCUUUGUCUCAAGCAUUUUAGAUAAGGACUGCUCAAUCUGUAGUAGUAAUGAUGAUGACAAAACACAUGGUGGUGCUAAUGGUAAUAGGAGUGGCAGCAAGUGACCUUAUACUAUGCAUAGCUCUAUACUAAAAAAUACUUUAUAUGCAUAGGCAAUUUUAAUACUCAUAAUAACACUAUGAAAUAGAUAUAAUUAUCAUUCACAUCUUCCAGGUGAGGAACAGAGUAGAUAAGCAAGUGAUCACUGGCACAGCUGGGAUAAAAUAUAAGAUAGUUUUUUACAGAUGUUUCAGUAUCAGGGACACAGAAGGUUUUUGUUGUGUUUUUUAGCAUCAGCGCAGAGGAAGGAACCCCAGGCCUCCUACGUGCUAAAUAAGUUCUCUACCACUGAACUGCACAUCUAGCUAGUUGAGAUUUUAUUUUGUUUUCUUCAAUUUUUUUGUUUUAGUUUUGAGAUAAGGUUUCACACAUGUAGCCCGGGCUAGCCUUGAACUUGGGAUUCUCCUGCCUCAGCCUCCUGAGUGCUAAGAUUAUAGGGAUAUGCCACCAAAGCUGGUUCACAUAGGAAUAUUUUAAACAGCUAUAUUUUUCUCUUGUAUUCAUACACCAUGAUUAUUGAUGAACAUCAUGUUGAAGGACCUCUGUGUGGUGAUCUCUUGUCAUCUUUGUUUUCAGAGAUGAGCAUUUCUAAAGUGUUUGCUUUAAAAGGUGGGUGUUUUGUGAACUUGCUUAGAUAUCGUCAGACUGCAUUUUGAAAUGUUAAUACAAGUUGACAGUUUCUCUAAUAAUGAGUGAAAAGACCCUUGUGAAUCCUUUUGUCAUAAUUUUAAGAUUUGCAAUGUGAUAGUUGGAAAUAUCUUAUGUUUUAGUUUGUGUUUAUCAAUAUGGUUGAACAACUUUAUGUUUUCCUCUUUUUAUAUUACUUUUGUGAAUUCUUUUUCAAAUACUGUUUUCUUUUUCCACUGGGAGUUUAAAAUCCUUGUCUUUCUAUUUUUAAACCUUUUGUGGAAAUAUAACUUAGACAAAAAAUCUUAUGUAGAUUUAUUGAAAUAUAACAUAAGUAGAAAAACAUAUAAAGUAUACAGUUUUAUGAACUUCUACAGAUUGAAAACACUUAUGUAAGCAAUACUUGGAUCAAAAAAGAGGAGGAAAUGACAUGCCUUCCAGAAGCUUUCAUGCCAUUUCCAGUCAUUAGCUCUUGAUUUAUAAUAACCGCUUUCUAAUUUCUAUCAUCAUAAUUUACUUUUUCUCUUCUUGAAUUUCACAUAAAUAGAAAUAUACAUAUUAUUCUUUUGGAUCUGACUGCUUUCACUUGUCAUGAUUUUUUUGUGAUGCUGGGAAUGGAACCAAGGGCCUCACAAAUGUUAGGUAAGCACUUUUCCACUGAGCUAUAUCUCCAGCCCAUCAUGUUUUAUAUUUACAUCCUUGUUACUUUAGUUAUAAAUAAAAUUUGUUCUAUUUCUGUUAUUAUAUACCAUUCUAUUGUAUAAGUAGUUCACAAUUACUCUUCAAAUCCACUGAUGAUGGAUGUUUCCAUUUUGGCUAUUAUAAACAAUAUUUCUGGGAAUAUUUUUGUUUAUGUAUUGGUGAACCUGUGUGCAUAUUUCCAUUAGAUAUAUACCGAAGAAUGAGGUUACAGUUUCGUAAGUUAGCAAUUCUACCAAGCCGUUUUCCAAAGUGUCUGUACCAUUUUACUCCUACCAGCAAAGUAUGAAAAUUUGUGUUGCUUCACAUCACUGCCAACAUUUAGGUUGUUAGUUUUAAUUUUAGCUGUUCUGUUGGAAAAUACUAGUAUUAGUAUCUCAGUGUGGCUUAAGUGUGUGUUUCUCUGAUGACUAAUGAUGUUAAGCGUCUUUUUGUAUGUUUAUUCACCAUUUGGAUAUUGUCUUUUGUGAAAUCCCUAUUAAAUAUUUUUCUUUUUUCUACUGGAUUAUCAAUAUUUAUCUCAUUACUUCUUAAUAGUUUCCAUAGUACAAGAGUCCUUUGCUUUGAUUAGAUAUUGCAAAUCUUGAAGAAGGCUGUUGCAGUGCUGAGGAUGGAGCUUGGGGCCUGUGCAUGCUGGUCAAGUAUUCUACCACUGAGCUACACCCCUAGUCCCUAAGAAGGAUUUUUAAAAUGGGAUCGGUGUCAUUCGAGGAUGUGUCUGUGGACUUCACCCAGGAAGAGUGGAAUCAACUGGACCCUAUUCAGAGGAGCCUAUACAGAGAUGUGAUGCUAGAGAAUUAUAGCCAUCUUGUCUCUUUGGGGUAUCCUAUUACCAAACCAGAUGUGAUCACCUCUUUGGAGCAAGGAGUCCUUGGCAUCAUAAAGAGAGAAAUCCCGAGUUCAAGUUGCACAGAAGAUGGGCAAACUGAAGACUACCUGGAGUGGAAUCAGGAAAACCAAAAUAUACACCCGGAGCAGUCUGUAUCCAUUUUUGAGAAAAAUGUGACUGAAAGAAGUUGUAAAUAUGAUGAAUUUGUAAGCCCACUUCCUCAGAACACAUGGGUAGUUACUUCAGGACCCACACCCUAUAUGAAUAACUCAUUUGGGGAAAGUAUUAAAGAUAAUUUAGGUUUACUCAAUCCUAGUAGUUUGAGCUUUGCAGCUCAGGAAUGUUAUGAAUGUAAUAGAUGUAGGAAAUUAUUAAUUCCUGGCAGACAUGAGAUAAAUGAUGAAAUGAAAUCCCAUGACCAUAAUAUGUAUGGUAAAGAUUAUAUUUAUAACUUUGUUCAACAUGACUUGACUCAACUUGGAGACAGAAGCUAUGAAUGUCCUGAGUGUAGAAUAACCCUCAGCCCAAGUUCAUUCCUUAUUGUUCAUCGGAUUACUCACAUAGGAGAAAAGCCUUAUGAAUGGGCAGGAUGUAGAGAGGCAUUCAGCAACACAGCACAGCUCAGUCUACAUCAAACAAUGCACACAGGAGACAAACUCUUUGGGUGUAAUGAGUGUGGUAAAUCCUUCAGAGAGGAAUCAACACUGCAUAUACAUCAAAGAACACAUACAGGUGAAAAACCGUAUGUAUGCACUGAAUGUGGCAGUGCAUUCCAAGAAAAAACAAAUCUCAUCAUACAUCGGAGAACUCACAAAGGAGAAAAACCCUAUAAAUGUACAGAUUGUGAGAAAACCUUCAACCAAAAGGCACAUCUAAAUGUACAUCAGAGAACACACACAGGAGAGAAACCUUUUGAAUGUACUGAUUGUGGCAAGUACUUCAGAGAGAAAUCAACACUGAAUAUACAUCAAAGAACCCAUACAGGAGAGAAACCAUAUGUAUGCAAUGAGUGUGGCAAAGCCUUCAGAGAAAAGACAAAACUCAUUAUACAUCAGAGAACUCACACAGGAGAGAAACCCUAUGAAUGUUCAGAAUGUGGGAGAGCCUUCAACCAAAAGGCACACCUCAGUGUACAUCAGAGAACACACACAGGAGAGAAACCUUUUGAAUGCAAUGAAUGUGGCAAAGCUUUCAGAGAAAAAUCAACACUGCGUAGACAUCAAAGAAUUCAUACAGGAGAAAAACCUUAUGUGUGUUCAGAAUGUGGAAGAGCCUUUACCCUUAAGCUGAGCCUCAGUGCUCAUCAGAGAAUUCAUACAGGGGAAAAAACAGAUGGGUGUGCAGUAUGUGGAAAAGUCUUCUCCCGAAAAUCAUACCUCAUGUUACAUCAGAGAGCUCAUACAAGAGAAAAAUUUGAAAAAUCAUAUGAAUGCAAUGAAUGUGAUAAAGCAUUCUUCCAGAAAUCAUAUCUCAUUAUUCAUCAAAGAGUCCACACAGGAGAAAAACCCUAUGAGUGUAAUAUAUGUGAGAAAUCUUUCUCCCAAAAGUCAUAUCUCAUUAUUCAUCAAAGAACCCAUACAGGAGAGAAACCCUAUCAAUGUGAUAAGUGUAGCAGAGCCUUUAGAGAAAAGUCCAAACUCACUGUGCAUCAGAGAAAUCACACAGGAGAGAAACCCUAUAACUGCUCUGAAUUGGAAAGAAACUUUCCAGAUGUCAAAGUUCAACAUGGAUUAGAGAAUGUAGAGACAAGAGAAAAUGAAUUGAAAAUGGAAAAUCUGACAUAGUAAAAUCAAAGAAAAUGAAACUGUAAACGGUGUUGGGGAAGUUGUGCUGUAUGUAAAUAGGGUGCUUUGCUGAGGAUAUGUCAGUUGAGCUAAAAAUUCAGCACCAUCCAUAUUGGGAGAAGAUCAUUCUGGGUAAAAGGAAUAGAAAGAUCCUCUUUCUUAAAGCAAAAAACUUGGUCUUGUACUUUUGCAUCAUGGACCUAUUGAAUGAUCAUUUUCCAUCAAAGAGGUUGCUCAAUGCUGAAAUCAUUAGAAGUCUUGAAUGUAUGAAAACUGUCAGAUGGAAGACAAACCUGAUCAUAAAUAUGGGCAUAAGUAUCAAAAAAUUCAAUUAAUUAAUUUCAAUAAGUGUAUUUCCUCAGAAGUGAAGAGAAAUAUAUAUGUUUCCAAAUUUAAUAUCGAACUCUCAUAGAAAAAAGAAACAAAAAACUUAUUAGAAAAAGUGGUUUACCAAACAAUUUUAAGUUAAAGAUUUAAAUAUAACCAUUACAGGGGCAACAAAUAAAAUAUAAAAUUCCAAAGUAUUAUAAUAGUCAGAACAAUGUAAAGAAGAUACCAUUAGUGUAUCAAAUUACAGUUUUAACAGUUGAUAAUGCCAAGUUUCCACCCCAGCCUGAUCUAAGCUUCCAAGAAGGACUAUAAGCUGCCUAAUAGGCUUUAAAAGACCUGUUUUUUACACAGAUUCAUCAGUUUCCUUCUGCUUUUGAUGAAUGCCUUUUGAUGAAUUCAGAAUUCUGUCAACAGCCAGCAUGGUAACACCCUUUAAGGACCUCCAUGGAGAUGUGAAAUUUUGUUAUCUAUACUGAUUGGGGCAAAAUAUAGGGGAAUUCUAGUUGACAUUAAGGAGGGAUCUUGAACUCUCCUUGCCAUGCAGUGACAGCUAGCAUGUUUUUAAUGAUCAUUCCUGCUUAUUUUUGAUGAACACUGAAAGCAAGGCUUUGCAUUGUUGAGUAGCCACCCCCCAUGACCAUGGACUACAAAGGACAUGAACAACUACUUCGUGAGAAUAGCUAAUUCCAGUGGGACUGCCCAGGGAAAUGAGAGCAAGUGGCAAGUUCUUAGCAGCUUUGUUCAAGACACAAACUGAAACCCAGGCAUUCUGUAAAAAGAAAUUAUUGCUUUGUGCAUCCAUUGAAUUCUUUGCCUAAAUUCCAAGCCUGUCAUUUGCAACUUUGGAUUUUGAUUAUGAAAGAGGUAAUAGGAUGUUGGGGCUUAGAAUGGUAGUAUGUGGAAAUAUGUGGGAAAAUGUGAAUAUUUUAAAUUCUCAGUACUCACAGUGUAAGCUAUAUUUAAUUUCAUUAUCCCCUGAAGAUACUGUAAGUGUCUUAAAUAAAGACCCUGUAGUGACCUCAUCUGAAAAUGAUGCUUUUUAAGGUAAGACAUCUUUCAUAUCCUUACACCCAACCCCUCUAUCCAAAUCUGUAACUGACUUUUUCUUGAGAUAGAGUCUCACUAUGUAGGCCAUGCUGGCCCUAUGCUUGUGAUCUUCCUGCCUUUGCCACUUAAGUACUGGUAUUACAAACAUGUACUACCACAUGCAGAUCUUUAAUAGAAUUUUUAUGCAAGCACUAUAUGUGUUUUCCAAACUUCAGUUCAUUAAAUCUUCCAAAUAAACCCCAGGAGUUAUUUCUCUCAUUAUCAUCCUCAUUUUUCAGAUUUCGGAACAGGCAGAGAAAAAUUCAGUAACUCUUUAAAGGAAGCACAACCAGUAAGUGGUAGAUACGAUAUUUAAACCAAAGAAAAUCUAUGCUCUUGAUUACUACACCAUCCUCCCCAACCCUGAAGUGAUCUUGUAUCUCCAGAUUAGAUCUAUAAAGCUAUGGAGGAAAGGGUUGAAUGGGAGUACUUUCAGACACUAAAAAACAUGAAGAAAAUCAAAACAUCUGACAGGUAGUAGAUCUUGCAUUAGUUAUAGAUGCCAUUUUUUAUUAAACCCACAAAAGAAAAAAUGGAAUCUCUAUACUUAUGAAAUCUGAGUCACCACUCAGUAUUGCUUGAGUCAGUUUUCAGAUGCACAUCACACCCCUUGAGCCAUUCAGAUAAAUCAUGACCAGCACAGUGCCGGCUCCAAGAAUCCCUGGGAAAUAAAAGGAGGAAUGGAAAAUAAAGUGGACGAGUUGAUGGAGCAGUAGCAUCAUUAUUUGUGGCUGUCCAUGAUCCAGACCUUCCCUAUGAACUUACCAGGCAUCCAUACUCUUAUGUAAGGAUACAACGUGCUUGGCACAUGCGAUGUCAUCAGUGAUAUGGUUGUUGAGCAGGUCUGGUGGAGGGAGAGAAGGAUGGGAUGAUCUGGUGCACUAAGGAUGCAAUGAAGUGUUUGAAGGCCCUAAGGUUUCUGGAUUCCUUAGAGCCUAAAUAACCUUAGCUAUGAUGUUGGCCAAUUGUAAGUUACUUUCAUUCUUUGCUAAAUAGUCAUAAACUGUUUCACCUGCCAUGUUGACUGGUGUUAUACAAUCUUAACUCAUUAUGAAUGAUCCUGUUUGACUUUGACUAUCAUGUUGGCUGGUUAUGAAUAACCCCAACCACCACAAUGAGGCCCUGGACACCCUCCAACUCCACAUUGGCCAACUCUGAAUGACAUCAACUGUUAUCAUGUCUCAGGUUGAAUGAUGUCAACUAUAAUGUUGGCUGGUCUGGCUUUGCCUCUACUACUAUGUGGCUAAUUAGGAAUCACUUUCUUUCUAUAUUGGUCAUUCCUGAUGGCUUCAGACCCUAUGUAGUUAGGUCCUUGAUAAGUUAAACUCCUAUCUGACUGUUAUAAAUGAAUUCAGUCAGGACCGAAGAGAUAGUGCAGCAGUUAGGAGUACUUGCUUCUCUUGAAAAAGACCCAGGUUUAAUUCCUAGAACCCACAUGGCAGCUCACAAUUCCAGGGGAUCUGACCCCUUUUUCUGACCCAUCUACAAGCACCAGGCAUGGACAUAGUACAUAUAUAUGCAUGCCCAUAAAACAUUCAUACACAUAAAAUGUGAAUAAAUAAAUAUUUUUUUUAAAAAAUUAUCUUAAUCUUCAUACUGGCUGGCUACAUUCAGUUUUACCCAUCAUAGUGCAUAGUUCUCCAUAAUCUGAACUGCCAUGUUGGCUAGGCCAGGUUAACAUUUAUUUACAAUUUGCC